UACCUCCGCCUCUACCUCCCCUCCCGCGAAAGACCUGACACCAUGGCCAGCAUCGCGUCUCAGCUCGUCCUCCAUCCGGUGACGUCGCAGUCGCUUCGUGUGCUGAACACCUCCGUCGGAAGGGACAAGCUCUACCGUGGUCUGCAAUACCUCGCGCGUUUCCUCGCUUGGUUGCUUCUGUCCCGCGGAUACAAGAUCCAAGCCGCACGGUGGGAUGCCUUGAAGUCGCACCUUGCUCUCGGGCGCAAGCUCUUGCGUCUGGGCAAAUUCAUGGAGAGCGCCCAGGCCGUCCUCCGCGCCAUUGCCGCACCUGGCGAGACAGGAGAGCGUGUCACUUUGAUCGGCAGGCAGGUUGGGUACUUCGCCUACCUCCUCUUGGACAAUGUUGCUUGGGCAAACAACAUCAAGUUCUACAACCUGCAGCCAUCGACGGCUCAGAAGCUGAACAAGCGUGUGAUGCAAUUCUGGUUCACCGGAAUCGUAUUCAGCAUCGCCAACGGCCUUCUCAAGGCUGGCAGACUUGCUAACGAGGUCAAGAAGUUGCAAAGCCAGACUUGGACAGAAAAGAGCGCGGAGGCCGAGCGGGACCUGAAGCUCCACAACCUCCAGCUUACGCGGGAGAGCGUUCGCUACCAGUUCGUCAUUGACAUCCUAGACGUCUGGAUCCCGGCGACGGCGAUCGGCUUCGUCAACCUGAACGAUGGCGUCCUUGGUGUCUUCGGUAUCAUCACGUCCGUUAUGGCCCUGCGUCAGCAGUGGUUCGCCGCGGCCGGGAAGAAGUAGGGGUUGUUGCGCUGUUCCUAAUAUAAUCCUGGAUGUACUACCUCUAUUUCUCCGCACAUAUUCCAUCGUCGUAAUGCCUGCCUUGAUGAGCGAAGAGUGCACCCUGGCGUAGUCGAUGGUUUGCGACUGAUGUCUUGCUCUGUUCGGUAUCCUUCACCGCCUCACGGAUCCAUGACAGGAUGUACAGGACGUAGCUUGGUGACUGUGGUACAAGUCUGUGUGACGUGCGCGUGAAGUGCACCGGGUGGAAUAUUGGCCAACAUUCGAGGUACGCCGCCAGUGCGCUUCAAGAUGGGUUCUUGUUCUCCUCCUGUUCAUUCCGCAGACGGAGGUACUCCAUCCUGACUAUCGCCAUUGCUUCUGGCCCUGUGUAUUGCAGCAUGCAUUCUUGUACAGCCUUAUACUUCGAUCUGCACUCCCAUGCAACAGAGAACGUGCGCCCUUCUGCGCAGUCGGCAAAUUCUUUGACGACGGGGUCGCACGCCUUCAACGCGAACGCUUUCGUCUUUUUCAAGAGGGUCUCCUCCUCCCGGCGUGAGAGGGCGUUCAUGGUGAGCCAGACGACGCGCAGCUACACGCGACUCGG